CCUUUGUUUACUGUCUGUCUGGUCGCUCCGAUUUAAAAAAAAAAAAAAAAACAUUUCGCUCAGUUUUUUUUUCUCUCUCGGAUUUUCAGCCGCCGCUGCUGCAGGUCGACAUGAAUUCCAGGGUAGAUCGCCACUGUCGAGGUUUCCGCACAGAGGCAACACCUCCACGGAGGCGACAACAAGUGAGCUAGCCCGCUGCUAGCAGCCGUCGAGUUUCGCUCGCCCUCCGCGUCCUCUUGUUUUUUGUUUUGUUUUGUUUUGUUUUGUUUUGUUUCGUUUUGGGCGGAACGCCGAUAAGGAUCAUUUCAGCGUGUCCGCAGCGGGUCACCACUGCCAGCGGAUAAAGAGGGGCGCGACGCCAACGUCCGUGCUGGAGAUUUGCACACCUGCUCCCGUCGCAUCGAUUAAAACUUGGAAACCUCAGCCAUGGCGUACAAUUUCAUCAACACGGACGAUGCGUCUCCGGAGUCGCUGACAGACCUGUGCCUGACUUGCGUGAGCCAGAACCUGGAGUGUUUCUGCGUGAAGCGCCCCGACGGCUCCCUGUGCUUCAGGGAGGCUGUGCUCUUCCCCCAGGAGCUGGCAGACCAGCUGCUGGCCAAGAUGGCAACUGAAGGUCUCCUGAACGACAGCACUGUGGGUGUGUUUCGGAACUGUGAAUACCUGCGACUGAGACGAGCCUGCAUCCGUACGGCUCGGAUCUCUGCGGAGGCCUUUCAGAAAGCCUUGUGCCCUCACAGACUGCUGGAGCUCGAUGCUUCAAGGGUCAAUGCAGACCUGACUAUUCCUGAUAUUCUCCAGGGCCUGGCCACCAACAGGCACUGUCAGAAGUCUCUCCAGCGACUUUUCCUCACAGGCCUCACCAUGUCUUCUCUAGAGGAACCAAUCUGGUAUCGCUUCAGCUCUCUCCAGGGCCUGCGCUCACUCUCCCUAGCUAACGUAGACUUCUAUCACUCCGGCUUAGUCGAUGUGUGUUCCUUGCCUCGGCUGGAGAGCCUCGAUCUCUCAAACACCUCAAUUACCAACCUGACUCCUCUGCUGGGUCUGAAGGAACGGCUACGUUCUCUCACGCUCUACCAAAUCAAAAGGCUGGAAAUGAGCACCUCUCAGAUUCUGGAAAUCCUCGGCCAGUUCAACGUGUUGCAGCACCUGGACAUCAGUGACGAUAAGCAGUUCACCUCUGAUGUGGCUCGGCAACUGCUGGAGCAGACGGGGAUCCUGCCUGCGCUCAUUUCUCUUGAUGUGUCGGGGAGGAAGCAGGUGACAGAUGCAGCUGUUAAAGCCUUUGUUGAUGAAAGACCAGGGAUGGCCUUUGUGGGGCUUCUGGCUACAGAUGCUGGCUUCUCAGACUUUCUCUCUGGAGAAGGAAAUCUAAAAGUAGCAGGAGAAGCGAAUGAGACUCAGAUCUGUGAGGCUCUGCGACGCUACAGUGAGAGAGAAGGUUUUGUCCGAGAAGCCCUGUUUCAUCUGUUCAGCCUGACCCAUGUCAUGGAGAAACCAAGGCACGAUAUCCUAAAGCUGGUUGUUGUGGGUAUGAAGAAUCAUCCAGCCACUCUGAAUGUACAGCUGGCCGGCAGCGCGUGUGUGUUCAACCUGACAAAGCAGGAUUUGGCGGCAGGGAUGCCCGUCCGAUUGCUGAGUACCGUCACUCAGCUUCUACUAGAGGCCAUGAAGACUUUCCCCAACCACCAGCAGCUGCAGAAGAACUGCCUGUUGUCUCUGUGCAGCGAUCGAAUCCUACAAGAGGUCCCAUUCAACAGGUUCGAAGCCGCUAAGCUGGUGAUGCAGUGGCUCUGCAACCAUGAAGACCAGAACAUGCAGAGGAUGGCGGUUGCAAUCAUCUCCAUACUGGCUGCGAAGUUAUCUACAGAGCAGACAGCCCAGCUCGGAGCAGAGCUGUUCAUUGUGAAGCAACUGCUCCACAUCGUGCGUCAGAAAGCGACUCAGGGCGUGGUGGACGCCACCCUGAAAUUUACCCUGAGCGCACUCUGGAACCUCACCGAUGAAUCACCGACGACCUGCCAGCAUUUCAUUGAGAACCAGGGUCUGGACCUGUUCAUUAAAGUUCUGGAGUCGUUCCCCACCGACUCUUCUAUUCAGCAAAAGGUUCUCGGCCUUCUGAACAACAUAGCGGAGGUGAGGGAGCUGCACGGGGAGCUGAUGGUGCAGGGAUUUCUGGACCACAUCUGCCCCCUGCUGCACAGCCCCGACGUGGAAGUGAGCUACUUCGCCGCAGGCAUCCUGGCUCACCUCAUGUCUCGAGGGAAGGAGGCCUGGGUGCUCAGCCCUAAUCUCUGGUCCUUGCUGCUGGAGCAGCUGCACGAUGUCAUAAUGAAGUGGCCGCUGCCCGACUGCGAAAUGGUGGCUUACAGGUCAUUUAACCCCUUCUUUCCUCUGCUGGAGUGCUUUCACACCCCCGGGGUGCAGCUGUGGGCUGCCUGGGCCAUGCAACACGUCUGCAGCAAGAACGCUCCUCGCUAUUGCAGCAUGCUGUUGGAGGAGGGCGGCCUGCAACAGCUGGAGCACAUUCACACACACCCACAGACCCACAAAGACGUCAAGCUGCUGACGGAGAGCAUCUUGGAGGGUCUGCAGCGCCACAGAGCUCGCACCGGCCAGCCAGCGAACGCGUACACAGGCCGCCACCCGCCGCCUCAGUAACCUCACAGGAGCGAAGAGGACACGCAGGCAAAAGCAAAAUCAAGAAGAGGAUGAUCAGCUGUGUCCCACAAAGUGGAAAACGCACAAAAAUCCCUCAAGAAUAAACAGGACAGACACAUUGCAAACUUUUGCACACACUAACUUUAUUUAUUGGUUUUUUGUUUUAUUUGCAUUGUUUUGAACAAUAUUUUUUCUCUGUGUUGAAUCUUAUGUUUAAAAAUGAAAUGGGAAAAAAAUGUACUUUUCUGUUGAGCUCAAUGCGAUCUUUAUUAUUGUCGCUCACUCUUGUCAGUUUGACAUGGAGGUGACUUUUUUCUUUUUUUCUUUUUUUAAAUACCAAAAUCAUGUCUGGGAACUCUUACAAAUCUCAAUCAGGACAGAAACCCCCUCUGGCAGCUUUGGCCGAGGGUGGACUCUAACCGCCGUUUGUUGCCGAGCGCCCUGGAUGAAUUGGUUGACUAGCUCAUUACAAAUACGCAUGAUGCCGCCGCGAGCUCAAGCAUGCUGGAGUUUGUCUGAAUGCUCGCUCUGUUCAUUUUGGGAAUGCCUGCUCGUUUGUUUCCCGCAGUGUUCUGUUCACUGAAACCCGCUCCUCCAGGUCCGCAGUACUACUGUAGCUCCCCAUUUAGUUCUUUUAUCAGCUAAACGCCUCUGAGUUGAUGUGACGGGACACUUGCCACGGGUGUGCUCGGUCUGUUCAAACGUAACGGAUAUUAACCUAAAUCAUGAAGAAAUUUACAUCUCAGACCCCAGAGCACUUUUCUUCACUCUUUCUUCUUUCUUUUCGGGUGCAAGCAUUGGGAAGUUCUGAAUGACUUAUCACUGGGGAAGCUGGGAGUACAAUACACUAGAGUUUACACCAAAAGCGUCACUGUCAGCCGCCUCCGCUCAAGUCCACAUGCUCUUUGGACUGGAGCGGCAGCGACGAUGUGUAGUUAUUGCAAAUGUACAGAUGAGUUGAGUCGCAUCCAUUUUUUUUGUUUUUCUUUGAGAAGGUAGUGUAUAUAUCAGUAUAUUUGUUAUGCUUCCCAGUCCAUCCCUACGUCUUAAAACCAGAAGCAGCACCUCGGUGUGAGCAUGCGUGUAUGUACGUCUGUACAAGUAGCUGCAUCUUAAAGAGUGUCUGUAAAUUUAGGUAAUGGGAGAGAAAUAGUAACUACCGAGUUGGUGGAUGAACCGGCUGCAUGGAAAUGAAUUUAUUGUUAAUUACAUUGGUCCUAUUUCGGUUUGCUUUUCAGCUUAUGUGAUCAUGAACUGAGAAUGGAGGCGCAGUGUGGAAAUCUUGUUUACAGAGAGACAGUAGAGACAUUUUUCAGUAUUAAUGAUUUUUUUUUUUUUCCUCAGUAUUCUGUAAUUACUGGUCAUGUCACAUUAGCGUCCUAUAAGAUGAUAUUUAUCAAGGUAUGCUUCUACUAUCCAGAGAUGUCACAUAGUCUAAUUAGGGCGACUUUCUGUGUGGGAGGGACCAACGUCACAGAUAUAGUUUUGUGCCAGAAGUCAUAGCGGUAAGACUUUAUUUUAUUUUGAGGGCAAGUAAAUUUGUAAAGAUCAGAACACGUGGGAAUACCCGCGUGUGUGUGUUUACAAAUUGCUAUCAUGUAGUGGGCUUGUUUAUGGUAAUUGUGAGCGCUGCCAGUGAAGCGCCAGAAUUACCAUUUCAUUUGCUCAAAGCCUUAUUCUGUUUUUUAAUGAUGACGAGCUUCUUAGUCAGGCUCAAGGCUGAAAGUCGCUUUCAGAAAGGACAGAGAACGUAUAUCUGUCAUUGCUUUUUUUCUUUUUCUUGAUGACUUGGAUUGUUUAAUUCCUACACAUCCCUCUAAAUAAUGGCCAGUUUAAUUUUUUUAAUAACAGUUUUAAUUAAUUGUGAAUUAAUUAAAAUGUGAUGAAAGAUUUUUUUUUUUUUUUGAGGGGGGAGGGUGUUGUUUUCUAAAAGAUACUUGCCUGCUAUGACUGUGCCAUGUUGCCCAGAAUUGUUUUCAAGUUUGGAAAUAAAGAAUGUACAUUGCCAUAA